GAGGGCUGUCUUAAGACGGAAUAUGCUAAGCAGAUAGGUUAGUGUUUAUGUGUGCUGCUGGAGAGAUAGGCUACUGUAACUGAGAGUGAGGUGGCGUUUCGUUUUCCAUACCAACUGUGCUGCGUGGUCAGUAGAGGCGACGUUGAAUAGACAGAUAUAAUUUUCGGUUAUUCCUUUCCUUUUCGUUUUUCUGUCGACACUGACAACAAACGCAGGUUUCCUGUGUGCAGUCUGGUAGUAGAAAGGACUUGGAAGCGAAAGGGAGUUUGUUCAAAUGGCAGAAAUGACAAUUGGAAUAGAACUAUGCGGUAAUUAAUCGCUGGUGUUGCAGCCAUCUAAUUCACCAUAGCGCGGUUAUCCGUGGCAGCCCUGAACGUAGAGGGGGCUGCACUGUGUCCUGGCCACAGCUUCACUUUCACGGUGGCAAUAGGUGUAUUCAGUUAUUUUGGAUCAGUGCGGGAUUUGAUCUUGAACGUGCAAGGAAGGAACGCGUAACCGCUUAUUGAUGAACGAACCCGUGGUACACCGUUUAUAAUUUACUCGUGAACCGAACUGUACACACUAUACUGUUAUUAUUACAAUUUCUCCAGUCGAGGAGAAAUACUAUGAAUAUGCAGCAACCCGUUUUGAACUGUUGCGAUUGUCAAACGUGAAGUAGCUGUGGCUUGCUUUUUGAGCCAAGGAGAAUAGCCAUAGUUUACCAGUUAUGGUGUUAAUACAUUUAUAAUAGUCCACGACAUUCUACGUUUUAAAUCCACCCUGAACAGCAUAUUGGUGCUCUUUUUUAAUACGGAGGAUUUAAUUUAUAAUUUCGCGCUGAGUUUGCAGUGACCCUUGGGGACUGCUGGUCUGGAAUAGCAACAAAGGACGGGGGCGUGCAUUCAUGGAAUGCAACUUUGACAGCUCUCCACUACUUAUCUACUGACUUUAUCAGCGGGCAACGGGGACGAACUAGUAAUUGAAGGAGAGAUGGCCGAGACCCCAACUCCCAGUCCUCUCCAUGAGUUGGACGUGGCCAUAGACCCAGACUUCGAGCCACAAAAACGGCCAAGAUCGUGCACCUGGCCGUUGCCCCGACCCGAGUCCAAUGCGGGGAAACCAGAAAGCAACGACACUGACAUUAUACCCGAAGAAGAGGAUGAUGAAGAGGAACAACAUGCCACUUCCAUGGCCAUCAACGUCAAUGGCACCAGCGUGGGAGCAGACCACCAGAACAGCAACAGCCCUACGGCCGAAGGACUGCUGUCUGGACAGGAGAACGGAGGCUCCCCGCUCUCCUCCCACUCCCCCACGACCACUUCGGGCGCACUCGGUACCAGCGGCCCGGGUUCGCAGACUCAACGGAAGUCUUCGUCGCGCAGGAACGCGUGGGGGAAUCUAUCAUAUGCUGACCUGAUUACCAAAGCCAUAGAGAGCACGCCGGACAAGAGAUUGACUCUGUCUCAGAUUUAUGACUGGAUGGUGAGAUGUGUGCCGUACUUCAAAGACAAAGGCGACAGCAACAGUUCGGCUGGGUGGAAGAACUCCAUCCGGCACAACCUCUCCCUCCACAGUCGUUUCAUCCGUGUCCAGAACGAGGGAACGGGAAAGAGUUCCUGGUGGAUGAUAAACCCGGAGGGAGGGAAAGGCGGGAAGGCCCCCCGGCGCCGUGCUGUCUCCAUGGACAACAGCAACAAGUACACCAAGUCUGCCCGCGGCCGCGCAGCCAAGAAGAAGGCGGCCCUUCAGGCAGUGGUGGCCGGCGAGGGGGGCGGAGACAGCCCCUCAGGGCUUUCCAAGUGGCCGGGCAGCCCCACAUCACGGAGCAGUGAGGAGCUGGACGCCUGGACAGACUUCCGCUCACGCACCAAUUCCAACGCCAGCACGCUGAGUGGGCGCCUCUCACCCAUCCUGGCCAACCCAGAGCUGGACGAGCUGCUGGACGAUGAGCCGCCACUAUCGCCCAUGCUCUACUCCAGUCCCGGCGAGGCACUGUCGCCUGGGAACACCCCCAUGCCCAAUGGGAAGGGACUGACCACAGAGCUGCCUCGCCUAGCAGACCUGGCGGGCACCAUGAACUUGAACGAGGGGCUGACGGACGACCUAAUGGAUGAGCUGCUGGAUAACAUCGCCCUGGCCCCCACCCCAACUGGACCAGCCACCCAGAGAGGAUCCUCCGGGCUCAGCUUUGGCUCCAAGCUUGCCGGACUGGGCUCCUCCUCUCCAACCACCUCUCCCUCUACUCCAUCCCCCUCUAAUGGUGCAGGCGGCGGUGGCUACUGUAACUCCAUCUUUGGUCCCCUCACAGUGGGCUCCUCCCUGCGGCCCGCCCCCAUGCAGACCAUCCAGGAGAACAAGCAGACGUCCUUCUCCUGCAUCUCCCGCUUCGGGAGCCAGACCCUGCAGGAUCUGCUCAGCUCAGAGGGCCACAGCCACAGCAACGUCAUGAUGACCCAGUCUGACCCACUGAUGUCACAAGCCAGCGCCGCCGCUGUUAUCUCCCAGAACUCCAGGCGAGGCUUUGUUCUCCGCAGCGAUCCCAUGAUGACCUUUGGGACCACAGCGUUAGGGCAGGGAGUGCUCCUGCACAACCAUAACCAGGGCUCCCUGAGGACACUGAACGGGGGUCCGAGCCUGAACAACGAGGCCAACAGCCUGGCCAACGCCAAGCAGCAGCUCCUGCACUCUCCACUGGGACUUGGAUCAAACGGCUCCUCCAUGAUGCAGAUUGACUCGUCCCUCUUCCUGAACGGGAGCGUUGGUGGAAGUGGUGGGAUCUGCUCACUAGGCCCUGACCGCUUCCCAACCGACCUGGACCUGGACAUGUUUAACGGGAGCCUGGAGUGUGACAUGGAGUCCAUCAUCAGAAACGAGCUGAUGGACGCAGAUGGCCUGGACUUUAACUUUGACUCCCUGACCAACCUGAACGGACCCAAUCUGGGCAGCUUUACCAGCACCAAGCAGGGAUCCCAGAGCUGGGUCCCUGGCUGAAAGAAAGGCCACACCCUAGAGGGGGCAGAGCAGGUACAAACUGUAGAGCAAGAGAAGAGCAGACACAAAGCAUCCUUUUUGCCAAGCCUGCCAUCAGCACAACAUGGAAUAAAUACCCUCUGUUUACACAAGACCUCCUCUAGAGAAAUGUACCUUUUCUCCCACUCUGACGGACCAUGAAUGAUUUGAAGUACACAGACUCACAAGACGUGACCGUCAGAUCCUCAAAGACCCCUGCAAAACAAACAAACAAUCUGAAAUCAUCACAACAAACUCAUCUCAGAAUUAUGCAAUCUUCCUUUGAGCAAAUACCAGUCGGACAAAGUCUAUUGUAAAGAUACAGAGCGAGAGGGGCUGUGUUUUGUUUAUUUGAAGGGUUUUUGGGAAACAAGGACAUUUGGCAAGCAAGGUUGUAGUGUACAAGUAGCUCCUGGAAGAAAAGGACAAAAGAUAAACAAAAGUGAUGUGGUGUAAAAUCUAAUACAGUGGUUUCUGGGAUGUGUUAUGUUGGAAAAUCUUCCUCUGUUUUCACUCAGUGAUUUUAAAUGUUUAAUGUUUGUUUUUAAAUUCCUGUUUUACCAUCAUCACUGUUUCUGCACCACAGUUGUUUUAUAAAAAAACUAUUGAUGAAAUGAAAGAGAGGAAUGAGACAGUUUCUGCACUCAAAAUAACACACACACGUUGCACACACACCGAUGAUGUCAGACAAUAAUGCCAUGCAUUUCAGGUUUUUGGUGUUUUGUUGUUUUCCUUUUACAUGAGUUUGAUUGAUUAGUCACGGUUUUAAAAUGCCUUAUAUAAAAAAAACUGUAAAAAAUAGAAAAAAAACAAGAAGAAGAAGUCUGUCAUGGAUCUGUGUACAGUACAGUGGAAGCUUCAACUUAAAGGAAGAGCCGAUGAGGAGGAGUUUAGACCUUCUUUCUAGUUAAUGGGUGGGGUAUGUCAACGUGUUGUAGUACAGCAUAUGUAGCCAAAAUAAAUACCUAUGUCCUAGCAUUGUGUACAUUUCCACGCCAUAACUGGUGCUAUGAUGUAAACAGUGUUUGAGUCCAGGCCCUAGUAAGCCCUGCAUUUUACCUAUCUGGCCCGGCGGACCCCGCCGAGCCGUAGUCGUAGCAACGGCAGGGUGGCACUGAGAGGCCAGGAGGUUGUACAGUUAGCCUCCUCCAUCUCUGGCAGCCAUUUUGUUUUUCUUGAGUGAAACGAUAAGCUAUCUGUGUAUGUUGCCAAAUUACUUGAAACAACAUGUAGGAGAUGCUGGUAGCCAAAACAACAACACACACACACACACACACACACACACACACACACAUGCAUGAACACACAUCACACACACUUAGCGAAAAAUAAGAGCAGGGAUUUGUGUUUUAGCUCUGCUUGUUGUUUCGUUGUGGGCGUGUUAUUAUAUGCAUAUACCAUCACUCAGGGGGAAGAGGGAGCUAGCCCGUUCCAACGUUACACCAGGUCCCAUCUCCAUGGCAGAACACACAACAACAUGUUGGCAAAAAACUAUUGCUUGUGUUGUAAACUUGUAACCUGUGAACUAUGACCUUUCAAGCGGAAGAGAAGAAAGAAAUCAGGAGAAGGAUCUGACUCUUCACUCGGUCCGGUCGUUUGUUUUUAUGUCGUUGUAGUUUUUUCUCCUCAUGUGGGACUCAUGACACGCGCACACACACACCCCUCACACACACACCCCUAACACACACACACACACCCCUCACACACACACCCCUCACACACACACCCCUAACACACACACACACACACACCCCUCACACACACACCCCUCACACACACACCCCUAACACACACACACACACACACACCCUUCGCAGACAGCCUGGUGCUCCUAACAGGUCUCUCCUGUAUCUCCUGAGUGUGUGUUUGUGUGUGUGACUCGUUUAUUGAUCUCGUUUAUUGAUUUUGUCUCACGAGGAUAUGUUAUCCUUCGUUAUCCUUCAUGGAGCAUACAGCACCCCCUCUGUGUGCAUGUAUAUAUUUAUGCAUUAUGAACUGUGUGAAAUGCAUAUAUAUACUUACUCUAUGAUCUUAUAUACUCAUGUAGUACUUGACCCUUGGUUUUGUAUGAUACCUCGGAAGGUAGAGUUGAAGAAAGAACAGAACAUUACUUGCUGGGUAAGGGGGUGGAUGCUAUGCUAAUAUUAGUAACGCCAUUGUUGCUGAACCAGAUAGAGAACCAGGAAACCAUGCUUGUAGCAGCAUCUGGGCCUCUGGUACCCCUUCUGUGUCUGGGGUCUUUAUCCAGAGGGUCGCCCCGUCCUGUCUAUCCUGGAAAAUAGUGUACAAAUGAACAAACGUGUGUGUGUUUGUCCGUCAGCCAGAGGUUGAGGCAGAGGAGUGUGUUUGUCCGUCAGCCAGAGGUUGAGGCAGAGGAGUGUGUUUGUCCGUCAGCCAGAGGUUGAGGCAGAGGAGUGUGUUUGUCCGUCAGCCAGAGGUUGAGGCAGAGGAGUGUGUUUGUCCGUCAGCCAGAGGUUGAGGCAGAGGAGUGUGUUUGUCCGUCAGCCAGAGGUUGAGGCAGAGGAGUGUGUUUGUCCGUCAGCCAGAGGUUGAGGCAGAGGAGUGUGUUUGUCCGUCAGCCAGAGGUUGAGGCAGAGGAGUGUGUUUGUCCAUCAGCCAGAGGUUGAGGCAGAGGAGUGUGUUUGUCCGUCAGCCAGAGGUUGAGGCAGAGGAGUGUGUUUGUCCGUCAGCCAGAGGUUGAGGCAGAGGAGUGUGUUUGUCCAUCAGCCAGAGGUUGAGGCAGAGGAGUGUGUUUGUCCGUCAGCCAGAGGUUGAGGCAGAGGAGUGUGUUUGCAUGGCUGGGUAGAUGAUCAACUGUAGAAGUGUUACCUCAGGUUUACGGCAUGACAGCCCCCACCCCAUAGAGAUCCUAUGAAAUUACUAAAGGAGAUAUGUGAUGAACCCUCGUAGUUUCAGAAUGGGGUGAAAAUGGCAGCCAUAUUGGUCAGAGAGAAAUCCAAACGAUUUAAAUUGGAAUGAAUGGCUGUCGCAGCAUAAUUGUGUAACAUAAUUAUUGUCAACCUAAAACAUUGUCAUAUAAAUACCGUUUAUACGGGUAUUAUACAAAUGUUCUGUAUAAAUAACCACUAAAAUACACUAUAUAUACAAAAGUAUGUGAACACCCCUUCACAUUAGUGGAUGCAACCUUUCCAACAAGUUAGUUCGUUAAAUUUCUGCCCUGCUAGUGCUUCCCCGGGUCAACUGUAAGUGCUGUUAUUGUAAAGUGGAAACGUCUAGGAGCAACAACGGUUUGGGGAAAGCCCUUUCCUGUUUUAGCAUGACAAUGCCCCCAUGCACAAAGCAAGGUCCAUACAGAAAUGGUUUGUCAAGAUCGGUGUGGAAGAACUUGACUGAACUGCACUGACCCCUGACCUCAACCCCAUCGAACACCUGGAAUGAAUUGGAAUGCAGAGCCAGGCCUAAUCGCCCAAAAUCAGUGCCCGACCUCACUAAUGCUGAAUGGAAGCAAGUCCCUGCAGCAAUGUUCCGACAUCUAGUGGAAAGCCUUCCCAGAAGAGUGGAGGCUGUUGUAGCAGCAAAGGGGGGACCAACUCAAUAUUAAUGGCCAUGAUUUUGGAGUGAGAUGGUGGAUGAGCAGGUGUCCACAUAUAUUUUGGUCAUGUAGUUUAAUGUAAUCAGACAAUAAAGUCAAAAUGUUUGUUUUUCUUGGAAAUCUGUGAGUGCUUAAUAGCACUAAAAGUUGUAGACCAGUGGUGCACUCAGCUCACUCGGUAUGAUGAGAAUCCCUAUGAGUCCCUGUACACACAGCCAGGAGAGUAGAUCCCCUAAGCUUGACGUCUUCUAACCCCAUCCGUCUCUGGAACCUGUGACUUCCAACAAACCAAGAGUCUUCUAUAGCUCUUCACUGCACCUUACCCUAUAGACUCAUCUCUGCAUUUGACUUUUCUCUCUGGAAGAGGGAAGUCCAAAGCCAUCAUGCCAUUAGCACUGCAUUUCAACAUGUCUAUAGUGUACAGGCAGACAGAGAAGGGAUGAAAGAACCCAGUCAGCCCAGAACAGAUGCUACUGCGUUUAGAGGAAACCGGAUGGCUCCUCUGGCCCCAUAAUGGUGGCACAUGCCAGCCACAGCACAGUACUGCCCCCGUGUCCAUGUCAAAGCUCUUCUCGAUCCUAGAACUUUACACCCCUCGUUAGCCCCGUCCCCCACCUGCUCUCCUGUCACCUAUGCCCUCUGCUCUUUGACCUCUGUAGUAACCUCGCUUCUUCUCGAUGAUGUUGAUGUUAGUGGGUAUUUUUCCUGUGUAUUCCAUUUUGAAUUGUAAUCUAGUUUGUAUAAGAAAUGGUGCGCAUGUAAAUAAAGCUUGGUGAAACUCCACACUCUC